AUGAUGGCUACUCAUUGUAUACCAAGACAAAGUUGCAACAGCCGCAUGGUCGGCUGGAUCGGUGGUGGCGAUCACCCCACUAUAGCUUACCAGAAGGUCACGAGAACAGUAUAUAUGCAUCACAAGUCAAGUUGUCAGUUCUUGUCUUACCCUGGGACGGAUAUACGUAACUGUAGUGGAUUCUACGUUUACAAACUGAAAUCAACCACCACAUGUUUCCAACGGUAUUGUGGUGUUAAUGGUAAGUGUCACAUCAAGGACAUAAUUUUUUUUUAGCUGUAUUGCAUAUAGCAUUAUUUUUUUUUUUUGCAGAUUUAUUUAUUUUUAUUGUAAUUAAUUUAUUUAAUGAUUAUUUGAACAAGGUAAAAACAACCAUCAGGUAAAAAAAAUUCCAAUUCAAUGACUAAUAUCCUAAGAACCUAAAAAUCCUAAUCCUAACAUUGUUUUAACUUACAACAAUGUGCCAUUUAAAAUCUUGAUUUCCAGGGAUGCCGUGUUUAAUAAUUAUGAUUGAGAAGGUGUUUAAAUUUAUUCUAUGAACCAGACUCUCUUAUGUUACAGGCCCUAAGCUAUUCCAAAGGAUUGCGCCGCCAUAAAUAAAGCUAUUUUUCAUGUAGUUAGUUCUUGGAAAGAGGCAAACAAGUUUGUUUACCAAGUCCUUCAGAGGAUUGUCUGAUUCAUUUCACUCUAUAAAUUUAGACGUGAGAUAUUCGGGAACCAGACCUUAAAAAGACUUGAAAACCAUCAAGGCGUUCUGAAUUUAAGGUUGAGAUUUCAAGUAUUUCCAACUGAGUUUGUGAAACAAGAAAUCGGCAUAUACGUCAUAGUUUGAUGAUGUUAUUAGACGCGCAGCACAGUUUUUGUAGUUUUUGUAGCUUGUUAGAUAAUUUUUUGCCACAAUUACCCCAGAUUAGGCCGCAGUAAUCAAAGUGAGACUAAACUAGUGAGUUGUUUACAUUAAGUCGAGUGGAUUCGCUUUAUGGCUUUAUGGUCAUUUUACACAGUUUAUCAACGUAGGAAUGCCACGCUUAAUUUCACCGAUAUAUAUAUUCCAAGGGAUUUCACGGAGGAAACUUUUUCAAUCGGAACAUUAUCUAUGGAAAGUUCGAGUGUAUCAGAUAGAGUACUAAAUCUUUGACUGGAUACUGUUUUCUCAUGGCUGGAGGUUGCCUGCGGGGUAGACUAGUAUUCUCUCCGCCACCCCGUUUUUAUUGGUUUUCAUACACAUUGGAACGCGUGGGGGUGGGAUAAGGGAGGUUUAGGGGAAUGUAAAGGACAGCUCGAGAUAGAUAAAUGGUUAGAUAUUACACGUUGUACCAUUUAUUGCAAAAAUAGGCUUGAAUGUCCACAUUUGCGGGCAGAAUAGAUGUCUGGUAAUACUGCUUUGAUCCAAAUUUCUUACAUUAAUUGUAAAAUUGGGAAGUAAAACAAAAUCAAGUUGAAAAGGUUACAUAUAGAGAUACGGGCGGCUCUAAGUUUCAGUGAUAUGGUUUGGUCUUUCUUUUUAAAAACAGUGUUUCUCUUUAUGCGGUUUUAAUUGUUCUUAAGCAAGUUGAUGAAUAAAGAACACCCAGGCAAAUAAAAGUGCAAAACAAUCAUAGCGUCCCAAGCUGUUUUAUGGAAUUUUUCCUAUAAUAUUUAGAUAAUUCUAUCAAUAUCUAACGAAACUGUGGACAUACCAUGUUUUGGUAAGAUUCAAAAGUACCUUUAUCAGAGCUGAUUUAGUAUGAAAAUUGAAGCACUUAUGAUGCUUGUGGGUACACGUGGGCGCUUUAGUGUUUGGUUUACUCAUGAUUAGUUGGGCAUUAAGCCAUUAAGUAAUUUCUUUGUUAGAAUGAUUUCGUCUUCAACAGAUGAGAACGAUGCAUGUUCUACCAAUCCUGGCUCAACUGCAUGUAUCUGUCCAUCUGGUUAUUCGGGCACUCCUUGUCGAGGUAUGUGAGCUAUAAAAUUGAUUGAUGGUAGUCACUUCCCUCUAGGAAGCUUGGUUUAGAGCUUUAUCGCUUAGAAAAAAAUCGAAAAAUAGUAUUUUUCCCUCCCAUUUGAUAGUUUGUUUUUUGUUUUCGUACUUAGUGCAAAUUUUAGUAAAGCUUCACACCUUAGAUUUUAAGUGAAUCCUAAUGAAACGAGAAAGUUGAAAUACUUUGGAAGGAAAGCCAUUGGUCGUUAAUGACGCUAAAGGACUAAAGGGGAUGGCCUUUACGAUUGAUUUCUGCCCAGAAUAAGGUUUUGUCCGAUAUCGAUUAUAUCGCGAUUUUUUCCCAUCUUCCGAUUAAAUAAGUUAAAAAGAUAAUUUCAUUGAAUUCCCACGGUUGGGAAUUGACACAAUUUCCUCAUUAGUUCUUUUAACCAUCUGCUUUGUCCUUGUCUAAGAAAGUACAAAUUGUUUAUUGGUUUGUUGUCUUUUCCUUGUCAUUAGAUAACGAUGAAUGUACCACAGGAAGCCAUAAUUGUCACUCACAAGCCACAUGUACCAAUACUCCUGGAGCCUUUACAUGCUCUUGUAAAGUUGGUUUUACUGGCAACGGUGUAUCUUGUAGCGGUAAGUUAGUUUUGACAUUUCGACUUACAUCUCUCCAGGUUCCCUAGAGCGUCACGCUUAAAAUGGUAAUGAGGUCUCCUUAUAUGCAAGUUUCACAACAUACCAUAUUUGGACAAGAAAAACAACAAUAGGUAAAAAUGAAAAGCUUGAAAAAGGUGGUGGGAACUACUGGUGUUACAGCCGCAACAUUAUUUCGAGAAAUCCAAGGAUUUCUGUAUGUUAAGCUGACUAAAUAAACUUCUCAAGAUGCUUAAAAAAAAAAAGGGGGUGGGAAGGGAGACUAGGAGAACAAUGACAAGAGAAAAAAAUUGAUUAUAUAUUAUCGGCCUCUAUUGUGAAGUUAUCUUUCAAGGGUAAGUGGCAUGACCAAAGGUAAAAAUCAACUUGUCUCAUACGGAAUACGGAGUGAUUGUUCGAAAAUUAUUAAUAAUGUUCACCUAAAACGAACGGAAGGAACUUGAAAGUCCCACUUGUGGCAGAACUCCGCUACAAUUCCUCAAUUGCUAGAUUGCUUUUUUAAUGUAGAGUUAGUAACUUAAGCUGUAAACUUUUCAGUGAAGAAAUCAUCAUUCUAUUGAACAGAUAUUGAUAAGAGUGAGGUGUUAGCGAUAUCAAUCUACGCCACCCUUAGCUUGUUAUCAUUCUUUUAGAUAUCGACGAAUGCACUGAUGGUGCCCAUGACUGUCACCAAGAUGCCGAUUGUGAAAACACAGAGGGUGAAUUUACUUGUAGUUGCAAACAAGGCUUCACAGGAGAUGGACGUCUAUGCACAGGUAAAACAUUCAUACCCCCCCUGUCCUCCCUCCCGCUAUUGGGCGCUUGUUUAUCUUUGUCGACUAAAAAGGGAAAAAAAAAGUUCGAUAGAUAACUUCGUUUAAAUAUUUUGGCAGCCUAUGUUGAUCCCAGAGCUCAAAAAGUCUCUGAAAAUGUGAUUUUUUUUCCAUUUCCACGCAAAAAAGUUAGAGUUCUCAAAAUGUUAUAGUUUGUGUACACGAACUGAUUACGUUUCCCUGGCGGCAGAUGUUGAUGAAUGCACAGAUACCUCGCAUAACUGUCAUGCCAAAGCAGAUUGUUCCAACACUUAUGGAAGGUUCAACUGCACCUGUUUUGAAGGAUAUUCAGGAGAUGGUGUUACAUGUAUUGGUAUGAUAGUCAUUAUAAAUACUUAAUCUACAACCAUGCAACCAUACACAGUGUUCCUUAAUAUUUUUGAUCGAGAUGUCUCGACAUUGAAAGUCUUUGUGGCUUUGCCGAUGCAGUUCAUUCCCAUAAUUACUAAAUGAUUUCCAAAAAAAAAAAGCAGGAUAGCCAGCCGUAUAAAAAAAAAAAAUAAACAAACAAGCAAAAAUGAAGAGCACAGAAAUACAAACAGGAAAAAUAAUUUUUUUUUUUUACUGUUUACAUCGGCAUAAUUUCCAAGCAGGUUUUUACCACCCCUUGAGUUUUCCAGGACAACCCUUGACCUUACCCAUGAUACUGUAUGGUAUGUGGUCACGAUUUAGAACUUUGAACUAAAAAAAUACAAUCCCACAGACAUUGAUGAGUGUACCACAGCAACGCACAACUGCCAUGGUGUAGCUCACUGUUACAAUAAUAAUGGAUCAUUCACCUGCGAGUGUAGGACUGAUUACCGAGGAGACGGUAUUUCUUGUGAGCCCUUAGGUAAGUGAGAUAGUUCUUCGUUUGACCAUCAUAAACUAGUACCGAUAGUAACCCCUACAAACGCCUAUGAAAAAGAAAAAACCUUCGAGGUAUACAGGUUAUCUCGCUUUAGUGUGAUUGAUUCACAAAAAUGCGUUUAACCCUGGAAGUUCAUUGCAUCUCGAUCUACAGGAGAUUUCCCAGUAACGAUUAGGGAUAUAUCCAAGGACAAAUAUUUGGCAACGACUGUCAAGCGGUCUGAAAAAAGUAUCCAUCAGGCAAUCAUCGAAGAUCUUCCAGAUAAACCUGUGUUGGAAAGUGUCAUGGAAUGGCGUUUAAUCAGUGAACAGGAGCUGGAAGCUUCUGAAUCACCAGUGGGAACUUUAGUUAGUCAAGGAACUGCACAGUGGAACAUAAAUAGGCGAUCCGUACCUUCUGGAAACUAUCUAGUAACAUUUACUGUGUCUAUUAGAGUCGGUGAUCCAGCAUCCUCAGAAACUCUCAAGGCUUUUGAUUACGGCUUUAUCAAAGUUAUUGCAGCUCCUUUGCGGGCCAUCAUCGAUGGAGGAAGUAGUGUUCUUUGGGGUUCUAGAGACUGUUACAGUGGAUGGAUCCCUUAG